CUCUUCGUUUUCCCGCGGUACCUGAUUGCAAUAUUGCCCAAGAGGCCCAGAGAGCUUCACUUCCAUGGCUUCUCCUCCUUCAUCAACUCAAAUCUCCGGCGGCAGAUCUCAUUUCAAGCCUACCGUAACUCUCUACGAUUGGUGGCUCAUCAAAUCCGAAGAGAAAGAUCAAGAGACACGGCUUGCUGUUGCCGGCGUCUCUUCCCGGCUAGAGAUUCCCCGGAGAGUGUUUAACUCUGCGCCCAUAACUAAAAGCCACGAUGUUUUCACCCUAGAGACAACCGAUGGAGUAUGCGUCAUUCUUGGAGGGCUUAUUAACAAGCAGCAGACUGUUGCAAAUGGGUUUUCUGAGGAGAUCGCCAAGCGUUUCCAAUUAGGCUUUUAUCCAGGCUGGGAAAAAGGUGUUGCAGAGUUCUUGGGAGGAGACUCUAACACUGCUGGUGUUUCUGUUAGGAUAUCUGAUUCGGGUUCACAAGGUGAAGGCAAAAACAAUUGCAGCCCAACUUCUGGGCAUUCUUCUCAAGAAGAAACUCAAACUCCAUAUGGGCGUAUUGGAUCAAUUUAUUUUCAGUGGUUUGGUAGAUCAAAGAGUCAGGAAAGCAAUCAGAAGAACCCAAUGUCUGCAUGCUCUAUGAAGCAAAAGAGUACUAAAUUGCCCCCAUCAUCAGAUGCCUUUGAGAGUGUAGGAGGAGUACCAUCUAGUGCAGCUGUUAAAUCAGGGGGGCAAAUGAACAAAGUGGAGAGAUGUCCGAGAAAUUCUGCACGCAGAGUGAGCAGAUUAUUGUCAGAGUUUAUGAGUAAAUGGACGAAUCAGCAGAUUGGUAAUGGUUUGAACAAGACAACAGACUCUGUUCUGACAGUAUCUAAAACUGUGAAGCAUUCCUUACAAAAUGAUAAACGUGAAGUUGGAGCGAAAGCGGCCGCAGGCGCAAAAAAAUUUAGUCCAACUUCUAUGCAUCAUUCUCUAGAAGAAGGCUCACCUGAGCAAGUGUCUUGUAAAGACAUGCGUGAUGCUGAGUUUCUGAAACUGUUGUCUUCAAAGAUUUCCUUGGAUAACCAUGCCGUCGAGGAGGAAACAUACAAAGAGGAUUUCAGACCAAUUGGUUUGCAGUCUGUUGGGACAUCGGAGGUUCUAGAAGAAAGCGAGAAGACUUCAGUAUCCACAAUCAAGCAUAGUAGUGCACACUGUAGUCAUUCAACAGAUGCAGGUGCAGUAGCAUCAGGUGUAACCAUUCCGUUUGCUGGUGAAAUUGAUGUAUCAAUGAUACAUCUGAGAAAUUCUGGAGGCAGAGUAUUUGGAGAUUCGUCGAUAAUUACAAGAACCAAAGGUAAGAUGGGGGAAAUUGUUUGGAAUGGAUUGAACUCUGGACAAAAUACAGUGGACUCUGUACCAGCAGUUGAAACAGUGAGCAAUACUUCACAAAAUGUGGACUGUGAAGGAGGAGGGAGACAUAAGUUUGAAUCGUUUCUCUCUUGUUGUGAAAGGGCUCUAGGGGUAAUCAACAUUCCAACUUUUAUGCAUUUUUCUCACGAAACUCCUAAUGAAAAGGUCCAGUGUGAAGAUCGGCUUGAUCACGCUGAUGUUGAAGUUCCAAACCAGAUUUCUACAAACCUGUCCUCGGAGAGCACCAUUGAUGAUAAAAAAGUUGAUGAUUUAAUGAAACAUGCUGCUGAAAUGGAAUUGGACGUGGGGAAUGCUGGAUUAUCUGAAUUUAAUUCUGUCGAGGGACCACAGACGAGAGAAGUAAUUGAGAAGAAUACAGAAUCUGAGCCUGUGUCAGAAGCCCUUGAGAUCCAAGACAGAGCAGUUGAUGCAAAUGCUCAGUCAGGUGGAAAAAUGGAUAUAUCAGAUUUAUCCCCUAGCAAGUUUGCAGGCAGAGUGUCCCAACUGUUCUCAGGAAUUCUAAGGAGAAAAGGGAAGAAGCAAGCAGUCGGCAAUGGAUUGAACUCUGAAACAAAUACAAUCAAUUCUGUUCCAGCAGUUUCUGGGAUUGUGAGCAACCCAUUAGAAAACGAUAAUUGUGAAACAGUAGGAAAUGGGAUGCCCCAUCCUUCAGAUUCUGAACGUCAAGAACCAGUGGAUGUGAAUGUGGUGAGGAAACUGGAUUUUGAUUUUGUAGAAGGUGAUAUGCAGCAGACUUUUAACACAAAAGAGGGACAGGAUUUUGGAAAUGUUACCACUGAAGUUGGAGAAGAAGAGAGUGGUGCUAACGAAGAAAACAAAUUUAGGAAGAGAAACAUGAGAAAAGUAACCAUUGAUACACAAGAAAUUCAUUUCAGUCCAGAGACAGAGGCAAAUAUACAAGAAAAGGUGGGGUUGAACCAGAAAAAACACAUGACUCCUACUUUCGAGGAUAAGAAGAAAAAAGAUGGAACUCCAGUGGUGAACAAGAAAAGCAAGGUAUCUCUGUCUACUUUGCAGGUGACCAAGAAAACAAGGUUAACUCCUUCAACCCUAGAGGUGAAGAGUAACAAAGAGUUAUCUUUCUCCACUCCAAAGGUGAACACAAAGAAAAGAAAGGUAUCUCCUUCCUUGGAAGGGAGCAAGAAAAGAACGCCAACUCCUUUGACACUAAAGGUGAACAGUAUAAAAAAGGUAUCUCAUUCCACUCCAAAGAUUAAUACAAAGAAAAGAAAGGCAUCUUCUUCAAUGUCGGAGGUGAGCAAGAAGAAUAAGUUGAGUCCUUUGACUUUGGCGGUUUAUAAUAGUAAGGAGGCAUCGUUUUCCACUCCGAAGGUGAACAUGAAAAUUAUUUCUCCAGAAUCUUUGAGUGCCGGACGGUCAAGAUCAGGGAGACUACUGCUGCCUCCCUUGGAAUUCUGGCGCAAUCAGACAGCAAUUUAUGACAAGGACCAUGGGGUUAUUGGGAUUGAGGAAGAGCUACCAACAGUAACACCUUCAAGAGGCAGUACAUCUGAGCCCCCAAAAAGAAAAGCCAACAGAGGUUGAUUUCUUGGCGAAGCUCUAGCUUGUUUCUUAUUUUGAGCAAGUGUAGUGUUCACUAUAAGCUGAAUGUAGUAUUAGUUAGAGUUCAAAUUAUACCCUGAAUAGCAUGAGCAAUAGACUUCCACACAGUCGGCAGGGCAGCACAAGAAUCUCAAGGACUUGGUGUAUAAUGAUAGUUCAGGGCACAAACCGUCAUUAUUGACGAAUGUUCACAAUAGAGGGAGAUACGGGAUGUAUAUGUGUAUGUUCGAGUGUUUUGGCAAAAGGAAUGCUGAAGUUGCUUAAAGAGUCUUUUAUCUUUUUUUUUGUAUAUUCUUUUAAAUUCAGUAGGUUUUUGUAUAUUUUUCGUAUAUUCUUUUUAAUUUAGUAGGUUUGGGUAAAACAACCUUGAUAUCAAAUUGCUUUUGUGAAUGCUAACCUCGUUAAUCACGAAAAUUUAG